GGCGGUGUAGAAGGCAGCGGAGGAUGCUUAUGGAUGGGCGCGCCCUGACUCGAUCGUAGUGGACUCCGCGGAGACAACAGUGGGUAUUCUGGGAAAAAAGCGGCCCAGCAUAUUGUGCUCGAAGCCAUUCGCGGCAUGUGUGAAGCGGAUCGGGUGCCGUGCGUGCCUGGAGUGCCUGCCUAGAUAAGAUUGCGAGAUACGCGCAGGACUCACUCCGAAGUGGGGAAAUCGAGCAAGAAUUCAGAGACACUCCUCAGUGAUCCCGGUAGCCCGGUGCAAGUGCAGUGCUCUCCUCUGUAGCCUCAGUCCCGACGGAGGGUCGUGCGCGGAACGAUGCGUAAAGUUUGGCUGUUCGCCAGCGCCUUGCUGGCGUUUCUCAAUUUCGUCAAGUCACAGGAGCUGGCCCGUACUUUAUACAGUCCAAGAUACGAUAACCUGGACAUUGACACCAUUUUGGGCAGCAAUCGGUUGGUUUCGAACUAUGUGGACUGCUUGCUGAGCCGCAAACCGUGCCCGCCGGAGGGCAAGGACCUGAAGCGGAUUCUUCCGGAGGCACUGCGCACCAAGUGUGCCCGCUGUUCACCGAUCCAGAAGGAGAACGCGCUGAAGAUCAUCACUCGGCUGUACAUCGACUACCCGGACCAGUACCGGGCGUUGCGUGAGCGUUGGGAUCCGUCGGGCGAGUACAACCGACGGUUCGAGGAGUACCUGCGGGGUUUGCAGUUUAACCAGAUUGGCGGAAAUGGCGCUACGGCUCCUGCUGGCCCAACCACUGGCGGCGGCAACGGUGGCGGCAACGGUGGCUCCAUCGGCGGCGGCGGUAGUAACACGGUAGACAGUGGUAACGACAGGCCGGUAAGAAAUGACCUCGACCGUCAGCCCGCAACCCAGAGCAGCAAUGUGCAGCCCGUGGUGAUUACUGCGACGCGGUUUGGACAACCGAGCGACAAUGUGAAUACGUUACUGGCCACCCCCCCAACACCGCCUCCGCCGGCUGUGGCGCCAGCGACCGAACGACCUAGGCCACCGGCACCGGUAGCACAAAUUUUAUUCCCGACCUAUACCAACAGUAGCAAUAGUGAUAGUACUACCACCUCUACUAGUACCAUCGUUUCUGGAACACUAGAACUCACCAGCAUCACGGCUAGCGGCUCCAUUCCACCUAAUUCCCUAACAAUAACCACUGUUAUUAGCCCAGCCGAGGGCUCUACUAGCACCGGCGAUCCCACAGGCGCUAGCGUCAUCCCGUCAACGGUGGCCAGCUUCCCGGCCGAGCUCGGCUCGGUCACGCCAACCAGACCCGUAGUGACGGCUCCACCACCGGUAUUGGUGAACCGGUUCGGUGAGGACGCUGACCAGGCUCGGCCGACAUUUGCGCCCGCGCCCGUUCCAGUGACAACCACAACAACGACCCAGAGGCCAACGACUACGGAAAGGCAAACGCGUCCAGUAACGCGUCAAACGACGACCAGAAAUACUCAACGUACCACAACAAGAUUCAUAACACGAGUGCCACAAACGCCACAACGGACCACGACGUUCAAAACACCACAACGACCUCCAACCAACCAACCAAUACCAACGGCACCACAACAGCCACUUGCACCACCAUCACCACCACAAAUCUAUCCAACAAUAAUACUACAGCAACCUCAGGCCCCACCGCGGGCGACUCCAACAACCACACGACCACUCUAUGUUCCAACGCGACCACCCUACGUACCCUACGCGCCAACGGAACCGACACCUAGGACGCAGUACGACACUACACCGGACAGCAUUAUUGAUCACUUCUUUGUUCCGCCAUCGCAGGCCGCGAACCAGCCGCUCCCGGCCAGCCCGAUCGUGGGCCUCUGGAACCAGCUGGGCAACAAGAUAGCCGACACGGCGGACGCCAUCGCCGGCAUGCUGAAGAAAACCGUAGAUGUCUUGGUGACGAGCCACAUCCAGUCCCACCAAAGGGCGCUGCGAAGAAUUUGAAACCACUGGCCACUCCCGAGCUCGUAGUGAAGUAAAAGAAGGUGCUCCUCUGCCCCAGCGGGUAGGCGAUGGGCUUUUAUUGGUUCUACUCGAUCGACUGUCGAAUCUUGGGGUUGGAAGUUAGUAAUCAAACGAGAGAUAGGAAUGGAAAGAAAACUUUGAAUCGAAAACGAGAGAUCGCAAGAGAGAGAGAGAGA